AUAUAUAUAUAUAUAUAUUCAAAUAUUUUUUUUUUCAUUUUUUUUUAGUAUAAGAUAACAACCCAAGAGUUUUGUUGGGGGUGUCAGAUGUGGAGAGAAGAGUUCUGUAUCUGUAGGAUUACAAUCAGGAACCUCAUCAACACUCCUGCAUAAAAAGAAAUCAAGCAACUGAUCCAGAAGGGGACAGAGAAUGGUGCAGCAUACAUCCCUCCAUCAGUCCUCUACACCAUUAUCUGUUACAACAGCAGCUGCUUCACUUGUAUGUUUCCUCGCUAUAGCAAUCGAUACCAUAAGAGGUUUUCGGCAAAAGAAGCUAUGGUUCCCCUGCAAAUAUUUCUCUCUCAAUGGUGCUACCAUAGCUGUUCUUGGUAUGGCUACCAUUCCUUCAGUAUUCCAAAGGAGCCCUAUGCCUAGUCAUGGAGAGCAGCUUGAAAAACUCACAAGCAGCAUACUUUUAUGUGUCUCAAUGGGUUUCUUCAUGCCGUCGUUGGGGGCCAUGAGCAGAGGUGAUCUCAUCUUCAAUCUGGUCGCGGUAACUGUCCUAGCAAUCACAAUGGUUGGGAAUAUUUGCUUUCAAAUGGGAACAGGAAUGGUGGAAUACAGAUUUUUUGUACAACAAAUCAUCAUCAUAAUCUGCAUUGUAGCACUGCUAGCAGUCUUAUGGUUCUCUUUGCCUGAAACAGGCAUUGGGGAUGUUUGUGAUAUCAUGUAUUUAUGUGUUACAAAUGAACUUCAACCAUCCUCAUUUGAGGAAAUGAAGGAUAGUUUGAAAGAGACAUCAAAGGUGGCUCAUGUUGGUAACCUGCAAUACAUCAAGGGACGGUCCUCGAAUUCCAUUCUCGCGAGUGUUCUUUGUGGAAUCAGUGUCACAGUAUUACUAAAAGAGAUACUUGGAUCAAUUAUGGUUGGAAAUUCUAGCUUUUUUUGUAAUGGAGUUUCAACAUCGGUGGUAGUAAUUGCAGGUCAGAGUAUUUGUAUAAUAACAGCUGCUGUUGCUACUACUACUAGAUGGUUUGUUAUAGCUUGGCAUUUUGGUCCAGAGAGGUUUGUAACAUGGAGAGACAUAUUUCGGGUGGAGCAAUAUCAUCUCAUGUGGUGGAGGGAAUUGGAAAAUCAGCAAAUGCUACUAACAUCAUCAGGUAAUGGUUUCCAUCUGAAGAUCCUUAGAGGAUUGGAAAGAAUUAUUUUGGAUAUGCUGGUUAUAGCACAAAUAGAUAUUAUCAUCAUAGGGAAAUUCAUGUGCUAUUUAUCAAUGUGGUUCACUUUGAUGUUGAAGAAGCUCUUAGAUUGUCUUGACUACAAGUUGGAUGAUGGGAAUAAUCUGAACGACGAAAAUACUCGUUGGUUUGAUAGUAUCACGUCCUUCCUCGGCGAAAGGGACUUGAAUUCAUGGAUGUUGAGCAAUUGGGAGAGGGGCAUGACAAGGUGGGAGAGAAGGUAUGGAACAAACACUCCAAAUCAUCUUAUUCAACUGCUGUCUAAAUGGCCUCCUCGUAUGAUGCACCACUUCCACAAUCUUAGCUCCCCACAUUUGGUUUUGGUAAUGAGAGUUGCCCUGCUCCUGUCCUCUUCUAAUGAAGAACAAAAUCAGUUUUUGGUCGAUGCAUUCAACCAAGGACUCGAACUUGUACUUUUUGCAGAGGAGAAUUCAAGUGUUCAAUCCAUUAUAUUCAAUAGGAUGAUAUCUCCCAUUUUAUGGAGAAAUAGAAAUGAUCCAGAUAAUUGGUUAAACAAGAAAUUUGAAUGCUCAGGUACAGGGUUAGGUUCUAUCAAUGUAAUGGAACUUGGAAUACUUCUUCAGAUGUUUAGGGAGUACCAAGAACGAGGUCUCAAUGAAUUCGAUAUUCUGAACCAUUUAUCAGAGGGAAUGGAGAUGAUGUUACUGGUUGAUCUUGUCACAAUUGCCAUUUUCACUGGUGGGUUCGAAGAUGAUGAAAAUGAUGACCCUAAUGCUGCAGAUUUUUUUGAAGAAACCGCAUGUCAAAUUUUGCGUUCGCUCUUGGUGGAAUUGCCUCAUGCUAUACACAAUGAGUACAGUCGAUAUCCCUUUGAUCAGAAGUUUACUACUGAAGAAAGAAUCAAGAGAGCAAUGUAUUUUCUAUACAUGUCUGAGAACCUGCAGGACCACGUUGAGUUCGAUUGGAAUGAGAGUGAUGAUGAAUUUAUUUCAUCCAACUCCUAUAGUCCUAUUUCAACAACUUCCUCUACGUCUAGUGAGGAAUGGUCAUUUAACUCCAUCAGUUAGUGAAUGGACAUGGCUUCAUUCCUGAACUUGUAUGUAAUUUAUAUAUAAAGCUAGCUAAAAACUUGUUUUUUUUCUUUCUCUUAAGAUUGAUUCAUUUGAUGUUGAUGUUUAAUUCCUAGCCUUCCCCAACUUGUACUAUUUGGCACAUUACUAUCCUUUUUAAAGUAA